CACCACAGACCUGAUUUCUAUAUUGUAAAUUCCACUAAAGCAGCUCUCAUGUGUAUAUAUAUGUUCUAAUAUCAUGCCUGACACAUAGCAGGUACUUAGUAAAUAAUUAUUGAAUAAAUAAAUGGAUGCCACUUAUUUUCUUAAAAACAUGCAUCCUUAUUUUCAACAGAAUAAAUUUUAAAUUCGUUAAUAUGACAUACAAAGUCCACGAUAAUCUGAUUGAUUUACCUUUCCAACCUCAUCUGCAUUAUUCCCCUUUUCCCGUCUUACCCACACUAGUCUGCUUGAAGUUUCCUGAAAAUACUGUAAUAGGAUAUUAAAGAAAACAGGAUAUUAAUUUGAAGAUUGGGCCAAGAUUCUAGGGCAGCAGAUAUUACCACUCAGUAGAGUUAUAUUCUGAGAAUAUACAAUAAAGCUGCUUUCCUUGUGUGUGUGUGUGUGUAUGUGUGUGUGUGUGGCUACUGUAGCAAUAAAUAAUGAAAAGCCAGCUGUUUGAUAUGUGUGUGUGUGUAUAUAUUUCCAUUCAUUUUGUGAUUUCUAGAUUUAAGAUAUUAUAGUAGUCAGUACUUUUUUUUUGAUUAAAAAUCCAAACUUAAAUUAGCUUAAGGAAAAAAAAUUAUUGGCUUAUAUAACUGGGAAGUCCAGUAGAUGAUUGGAUACAGGGGCUCAAAGAAUGUCUUUAGGACUCUUCUCCUGUAUUCUCUUAGUUCUGCUCCUUUUAUUAGUUGGAUUCAAAAAUUUUUUUAUAUCUGCUCUGCAAUUGACAGAGACAGGCUGCUUACAUAUUUAGGCCACACUGUCCAAAGUUAGCAAUAUCAUCCUGUAUUUAUUACACCAGUAACAAAAGCAAUAGCAAUAGUAAUAAUAAUAGUAGUAAUAGCUAAUGUUAAAUUUAACACUUUUUAUAUGCCAGUUACUAUGCUAAGUUCUUUAUGUAUUUUGCUGUAUUUAAUCAUCAUAAUAGCUCCAUGAGGAAGGUGUUAUUAGUAGCUACAUUUUAAAGAUGAGGAAAUUAAGAGGAAGACUAAUUAAGUAACUUGCUUAAUCAUUCAGCUAGUUAGUGAUAGAGCCAAGCAAGAAUUAAAAUCCAGGCAGACUGUGUGUGUUACCACUAUGCUGUACUGUCUGCCCAGUAUCAAUUCGGAGAGGAAUUCUUAUUGUCUUUGCUUCAGUCACAUGCCCAUUUUCAGACCAAUUACUCUGUGCAGAAAAAUAAUGAUACUGUGUUUACUCAGAGCUGAAUUAUCUACCUGGCCCCAUCGGCAGCCUUAUUAGAAUGACGUAACAUGGAGGAGGGUUAUUCCCUAAAGAAAAUGAUCUUCGGCAUAUAAAAAACACACAUGUCCACUAAACAAACAUUUUGUUGACCAUGCUACUUAGCAACAGAGUUCCAUAUUAAACAUUGAAAGCUCACUGGCAACUGUCAGAGGCUAACAUUAUCGUCAGUUUUGAUUGUAGACUACUUAAAUGUGUUGUGCUGCUUUUAGGGUCAAAGAAGAACACAAACCACAACCGACACAGUGGUUUCCCUUUAGUGGGAUCACUGAACUGGUAAAUAACGUUCUUCAGCCCCAGCAAAAACAACAAAAUGAAAAGGAGGCCCAGACAAAACUUCAUCAGCAGUUCGAAUUGUAUAAGGAGCAGGUCAAGAAGAUGGGAGAAGAGUCACAGCAGCAGCAAGAGCAGAAGGGGGAUGCCCCAACCUGUGGUAUCUGCCACAAAACAAAGUUUGCUGAUGGAUGUGGCCAUAAUUGUUCCUAUUGCCAAACGAAGUUCUGUGCUCGUUGUGGAGGUCGAGUGUCAUUACGCUCAAACAAGGUUAUGUGGGUAUGUAAUUUGUGCCGAAAACAACAAGAAAUCCUCACUAAAUCAGGAGCAUGGUUUUAUAAUAGUGGAUCUAAUACACCACAGCAACCUGAUCAAAAGGUUCUCCGAGGACUGCGGAAUGAGGAAGCGCCUCAGGAGAAGAAAGCAAAACUACAUGAGCAGGCUCAGUUCCAAGGACCCUCAGGUGACUUAUCUGUACCUGCAGUGGAGAAAAGUCGAUCUCAUGGGCUCACAAGACAGGAUUCUAUUAAAAAUGGGUCAGGAGUGACGCACCAAAUUGCCAGUGACAUAGCUUCAGACAGGAAAAGAAGUCCAUCAGUGUCCAGAGAUCAGAAUAGAAGAUACGACCAAAGGGAAGAAAGAGAGGAAUAUUCACAGUAUGCUACUUCGGAUAGCGCGAUGCCUAGAUCUCCGUCAGAUUAUGCUGAUAGGAGGUCUCAACAUGAACCUCAAUUUUAUGAAGAAUCUGAUAAUAUAAAUUACAGGGACUCCAACAGGAGAAGUCAUAGGCAUUCGAAAGAAUAUAUUGCAGAUGAUGAGGAUGUAGAGAGCAGAGAUGAAUAUGAAAGACAAAGGAGAGAAGAGGAAUACCAGGCACGCUAUCGAAGUGAUCCGAAUUUGGCCCGUUAUCCAGUAAAGCCACAGCCCUAUGAAGAACAAAUGCGUAUUCAUGCUGAAGUGUCUCGAGCAAGGCAUGAGAGAAGGCAUAGUGAUGUUUCUUUGGCAAAUGCUGAACUGGAGGAUUCCAGGAUUUCUAUGCUAAGGAUGGAACGACCAUCAAGGCAAAGAUCUAUAUCUGAACGUAGAGCUGCCUUGGAAAAUCAGCGAUCUUAUUCAAUGGAAAGAACUCGAGAGGCUCAGGGACCAAGUUCUUAUCCACAAAGGACCACAAACCAUAGUCCUCCUACCCCCCGGAGGAGUCCAAUACCCAUUGAUAGACCAGACCUGAGACGUACUGACUCACUAAGGAAACAACACCACUUAGAUCCUAGCUCAGCUGUAAGGAAAACAAAACGGGAAAAGAUGGAAACAAUGUUAAGGAAUGAUUCUCUUAGUUCCGACCAGUCAGAGUCCGUGAGACCUCCACCACCAAAGCCUCAUAAAUCAAAGAAAGGGGGUAAAAUGCGCCAGGUUUCACUGAGCAGUUCAGAGGAGGAAUUGGCUUCCACACCUGAAUAUACAAGUUGUGAUGACGUUGAGAUUGAAAGUGAGAGUGUAAGUGAAAAAGGGGACAGUCAAAAGGGAAAAAGAAAAACUAGAGAGCAGGCAGUUUUGUCGGACUCUAACACCAGGUCUGAGAAACAAAAGAAAAUGAUGUACUUUGGUGGCCACUCUUUGGAAGAGGAUUUGGAAUGGUCUGAGCCUCAGAUUAAGGACUCUGGGGUAGAUACCUGUAGUAGCACAACCCUUAACGAGGAGCAUAGCCAUAGUGAUAAGCACCCUGUGACGUGGCAGCCAUCUAAAGAUGGAGAUCGUUUAAUUGGUCGCAUUUUAUUAAAUAAGCGUCUAAAAGAUGGAAGUGUACCUCGAGAUUCAGGAGCAAUGCUUGGCUUGAAGGUUGUAGGAGGAAAGAUGACUGAAUCAGGUCGGCUCUGUGCAUUUAUUACCAAAGUAAAAAAAGGAAGUUUAGCUGAUACUGUAGGACAUCUCAGACCCGGUGAUGAAGUGUUAGAAUGGAAUGGAAGGCCAUUGCAAGGAGCCACAUUUGAAGAAGUAUAUAACAUCAUUCUGGAAUCCAAACCCGAACCACAAGUGGAGCUUGUUGUUUCAAGGCCUAUUGGAGAUAUACCUAGGAUACCUGAUAGCACACAUGCACAACUGGAGUCCAGUUCUAGCUCAUUCGAAUCUCAAAAAAUGGAUCGUCCUUCUAUUUCCGUUACCUCUCCUAUGAGUCCUGGCAUGUUGAGGGAUGUUCCACAGUUCUUAUCUGGACAACUUUCAAUAAAACUAUGGUUUGACAAGGUUGGUCACCAAUUAAUAGUUACAAUUUUGGGAGCAAAGGAUCUCCCUUCCAGGGAAGAUGGGAGGCCAAGGAACCCUUAUGUUAAAAUUUACUUUCUUCCAGACAGAAGUGAUAAAAACAAGAGAAGAACUAAAACAGUAAAGAAAACGUUGGAGCCCAAAUGGAACCAAACAUUCAUUUAUUCUCCAGUCCACCGGAGAGAAUUUCGGGAACGAAUGCUGGAGAUUACCCUUUGGGAUCAAGCUCGAGUUCGAGAGGAAGAAAGUGAAUUCUUAGGAGAGAUUUUAAUUGAAUUAGAAACAGCAUUAUUAGAUGAUGAACCACAUUGGUACAAACUUCAGACCCAUGAUGUCUCUUCAUUGCCACUUCCCCACCCUUCUCCAUAUAUGCCUCGACGACAGCUCCAUGGAGAGAGCCCAACACGCAGGUUGCAAAGGUCAAAGAGAAUAAGUGAUAGUGAAGUCUCUGACUAUGACUGUGAUGAUGGCAUUGGUGUGGUAUCAGAUUAUCGACACAAUGGUCGAGAUCUUCAAAGCUCAACAUUAUCAGUGCCAGAACAAGUAAUGUCAUCAAAUCAUUGUUCACUAUCAGGGUCCCCUCACAGAGUAGAUGUCAUAGGAAGGACUAGAUCAUGGUCACCCAGUGUCCCUCCUCCACAAAGUCGGAACGUGGAACAGGGACUUCGAGGGACACGCUCUGCUACUGGACAUUAUAAUACGAUUAGCCGAAUGGAUAGACAUCGUGUCAUGGAUGACCAUUAUUCUCCAGAUAGAGACAGGGAUUGUGAAGCAGCAGAUAGACAGCCAUAUCACAGAUCCAGAUCAACAGAACAACGGCCUCUCCUAGAGCGGACCACCACCCGCUCCAGAUCCACUGAGCGUCCUGAUACAAACCUCAUGAGGUCGAUGCCUUCAUUAAUGACUGGAAGAUCUGCCCCUCCUUCACCUGCCUUAUCGAGGUCUCAUCCUCGUACUGGGUCUGUCCAAACAAGCCCAUCAAGUACUCCAGUGGCAGGACGAAGGGGCCGACAACUUCCACAACUUCCACCAAAGGGAACAUUGGAGAGAAAAGCGGGAGGUAAAAAGCUUCGGAGCACUGUCCAGAGAAGUACAGAAACAGGCCUGGCUGUGGAAAUGAGGAACUGGAUGACUCGACAGGCAAGCCGAGAAUCUACAGAUGGCAGCAUGAACAGCUACAGCUCAGAAGGAAAUCUGAUUUUCCCUGGUGUCCGCUUGGCCUCUGAUAGCCAGUUCAGCGAUUUUCUGGAUGGCCUUGGCCCUGCCCAGCUAGUAGGGCGCCAGACUCUGGCUACACCUGCAAUGGGUGACAUUCAGGUAGGAAUGAUGGACAAAAAGGGACAGUUGGAGGUGGAAAUCAUUCGUGCCCGUGGCCUUGUUGUAAAACCAGGUUCCAAGACACUGCCAGCACCAUAUGUAAAGGUGUAUCUAUUAGAUAAUGGAGUCUGCAUAGCCAAAAAGAAAACAAAAGUGGCAAGAAAAACGCUGGAACCACUUUACCAGCAGCUAUUAUCUUUCGAAGAGAGUCCCCAAGGAAAAGUUUUACAGAUCAUUGUCUGGGGAGAUUAUGGCCGCAUGGAUCACAAAUCCUUUAUGGGAGUGGCCCAGAUACUUUUAGAUGAACUGGAGCUAUCCAAUAUGGUGAUUGGAUGGUUCAAACUUUUCCCCCCUUCCUCCCUAGUAGAUCCAACCUUGGCCCCUCUGACAAGAAGAGCUUCCCAGUCAUCUCUGGAAAGUUCAACUGGACCUUCUUACUCUCGUUCAUAGCAACUGUAAAACUGUUGUCCAUAGCAACCAGCGUUACAAAAAAAAAAAAUCACAGGUCGCAAACCCUGGUAACACUGCAUGCUUAAUGUUGUGUCUUCUGAGCCUGUUUCUAGGGAUACAAAGCGAUCCUGUGUUCUCAGAGGAAGUUGCACACAUUGUGCCCUAAAGAAGGCCCUCAGGUGAAAGAGCAGAGCUAUGAAGAACUAUCAGGUUUAGAGUUCAAUACUACUCGAGUUUUGGUCCAAUCUGAAGCCAUGGAUUAAUCUCAAAGAAUCAGUCAGUUUCAUGCAACAAAAGCCCUUUUCAAUGGCACCUUUAUAUUUUUAUCGUUCCUUUUUCUUCAUUUCUCUGACCCCAAAGCCCUGUUAUGCCACAGAAAUGGAGCUAUACAGCCAUUAAGCCAUGGUACAAGUCAAGGAGUGAAGUCCUAGGAAGCAUCAGGUAAAAAGCAGGGGACCCAAGAAGUGGUCCAGGACAAAACCUCAGCCCUCAUCUGGCCGGUGACCAGGAGCAGUCAGUCCAACGUGAACGGCGGUAGACUUCGCAGCUCCAGCAGGCAUGUCAUGCACUAAUGCCAAGAUGUGUUGGACUCUGAAAAACAAAAUUCUGUGGCUACACUGUACUGAAUGAAAUUAAAGAAACUUUUUUUUGCAUGGACACAGAUUAGCUGAAUAUUUAAAUUAUUUUCUUGAGGCUGCAACUUGCAAAAAAAAAGAAUAAAAAUCAGCCAUUUUCAACAAUUUAUAUUAUUUUUAAAAAUAAAUUUCACUAGUGCAUGGUUUUAAAAAGGGGAGAGAAUGCAACAGGGUGAUACAAAGAUACACCAUGUUUAUUCUUUGACCAUAGUCUGUGUUUUGGCAGACAUUACAAAUGAAAUACUUUCUAGAAGAUACUUAAAAUUCUCUUUAUGUGACAAAUAAGUAUAAUAUAUUCAAUUUAUUUCCAUGUUAAAUAUACAAAUCUUAUGAAGUUCAAUAUGUGCAAAUUGUUCACAUCUUUUCUCCUCUCCUCUAUCUCACUUUCCUCCUCUCCCUCUUUUAAUCUUCUAUUUUCUUUCUCUCUCCCAGAGUGAAUAUUAUACUAAAAAAUUACAAGUUUUUGACCUGAUACUCUCUUAUAUCCCAUGUUCGAUUCAGAGCCAUAGAUGCUUCUGAAUUUAUGAAUUUCUCAAGGGAAAAAAAACUGUUUAUGAGCUUUCUUUAUUUCAAGCAUGUUGAAAGGAUUUUGCAACAUGACUUGGGAGUACAUUAAAGUAAGUCAGCAUGUAUUUGAUAAAGAAGAUAUUUGAACUUUUGCAAUUUAUUGUACAGUGCAUGGUAAUUUUAUUUUCACCUUCAAAGUUCAGUUUACAGGAAAAUCCUAAAAUCAUGUGGCCAUUGUAAUGUCUAAUAAAUUUGUUUUUAGCACCAGCAUUAUUCAUACAGGGGUUAAAGUAUUAUUUCUAGAAGGUCUUAGGUUUUGUUUUUUAAUUAAUUAAAGCAGUUUCUUUAGUCAAUUUCCAUUUACUAUGUGAAUAGAAACACUGCUAAAAAUUUGGAGCCCUGAAACACAGGGCUGUUUAUUAAUUCAUUUUUCUGUAGUAAAAUUCAAUUUUUCACAAAUUAUAUUUCUAAAGAAAUAUAGUAAACAUAAAUUUGCAACAAAUAAUUUUAAAGCUCCAAUUUUUAGGUGACUCAAAGAAAGUCAAUCUGCCUAUUAACAGUUCUUUGAUGCCAUCACCAAAAGUCUACACACAAAAUCCCCUGAAGUCAAACCCCUGCCUUUGGUUUUACAGACAGUUGUUACCAUUGGGUGGUGCUGCAAGGUCAAAUUUCUCUUAAGUUCCCCUAGUUAGAGGAAAAGUCACUGGUUAAUGGAAGAAACCACACAUACUUUCUGUUUCUUUAUGUACACGUUGAUGACACAUCGUUAGCUGAUUUUGAUUUCUUAUAAUAACUUGUGAAAUCCACAUACACAUCGUUCGUUUAAAUUAAGGCCAUGCACAAAAAUUGCUUUCUUUUUUUUUUCCUUUUAAAUUCAGUACUGACCAUUAAAAAUUAUCAUGUUUGCUAUGGUGCAAAAGUUAAAAUGAGUAUCACUAAAAAUGCCUUCUCUUUAUGUGGUGCAAUAUGAAAUACACCGAGACUGUGUCUUGACAUUCUGAGAUCUAUGAUGGACCCAGGUAAAGUCGUUAAAGAACGAAUAAAACUUCAUGGAAAUAAUUUAGACACUUGUGUACCAGCAACAAUUGAUUUAAUAGACCUAUAGUGUCUAUACUCUCCCUUAGAAUAAACGUUUACCAUUUUCCUGAUACUAAGAUGCAGUCACAUAAUCUUUUGUGCAUAUUCCUAUAUAAAUUAUUUCUAAUUUUAAUAAGAAGGACAUGAGUGUAUGGAAUAUUUGUACAUACUUGUCAUUAUGCAGUAUUUAUUUAAAAGUUGGUGUAUUUUUUUUUAAUUUUCACAUGUCUGCACCUCGACUUGUGGUUUAGUCAUGUAAAUAGUACUAUUCCAGUGACCAUUGCUGCCCUGUACAUAGUAUGUUUUCAAAGUAAAGGGAAUUCCAGUUGCGAAAAAAAAGUGGGCAGAUUAGUCCUGUAAUGAACACCAACUAAUGUAAAUCAAAUUCAUUCUGGUGAUGGUAUUUAACACUUUAAAUAAAACAUUUUCUUUACA